AUGGACGGGGACGGGGGUCUGUCACUGCUGCCACGGAGCCCGAACACGUUGAUUUCACUCGCGGGAAAGACCGCCAUCGUGUCCGGUGCGGCGCGGGGGAUCGGCGCCGCCUGCGCCCGCGCCUUCGCCGAGCACGGCGCGAAUGUGGUGCUGGGCGACGUACUCGAGGACGUGUGCGCCGAGACCGCCCGGCGCAUCGCCGCCGACACCGGCGCGGCCACGCUCGCCGUGCGCGCCGACGUGAGCGACCCGGAAGACUGCGCCGCCCUGCUCGACGCCUGCACGGACCGCUUCGGUGGCUGCGACAUCCUCCUCAACAACGCCGGGAUCAUCGUUUCGGGUUCGAUCCUGGACGCCGCCGUCGAGGACUUCGACCGGGUGCUGGCGGUGAACCUGCGCGGUUCCUUCCUGCUCGGCCGACUGGUGGCGCGGCACAUGGUGGAGUGCGGCACCAAGGGCAGCAUCAUCAACAUGUCGUCCACCAACGCCGUGGUGACGAUUCCCGAGCAGCUGGCCUACGCCGCUUCGAAGGGCGGCGUCGCGCAGAUGACCAAGGCGAUGGCGAUGGCCCUCGCGCCGCACGACAUCCGCGUCAAUGCGAUCGGUCCCGGGACGAUUCUGACCGACAUGCUCGAGGUUGUCAUCGCCAACGACGAGGCGCGCCGCACGAUCCUGUCACGCACGCCGAUGGGCCGGAUCGGCGACCCGUCCGAGGUGGCGAGCGUCGCGGUCUUCCUGGCCUCGGACUACGCGUCGUACAUCACGGGGGACACCAUCUAUCCGGACGGUGGGCGGCUGUCGCUCAACUACACCGUGCCGCUGCGUGAAGAAGGAGCGGGUGGCCCAGGGAGCCAUUGA